AUUUUGGCGCUGGCUGCUGGGUUUCCAUUGUGUGUGUGUGAUAGUAAACACUGACUGAGCUGCAAAGCUGCACUUAUUUGACGCCUCCAAAUUAAACUGGUUUGUUGAAGCUAACUGAGGAACGAUGGCCCGUACCAAGCAAACUGCCCGUAAGUCUACAGGAGGUAAAGCUCCUCGUAAGCAGCUGGCCACCAAAGCUGCCCGUAAGAGUGCCCCCUCUACUGGAGGAGUGAAGAAACCUCACCGCUACAGGCCCGGUACGGUGGCUCUGCGUGAGAUCCGUCGGUACCAGAAGUCCACCGAGCUGCUGAUCCGUAAGCUGCCCUUCCAGCGCCUGGUGAGAGAGAUCGCGCAGGACUUCAAAACGGACCUGCGUUUCCAGAGCGCCGCCAUCGGUGCGCUGCAGGAGGCAAGCGAGGCAUACCUUGUGGGUCUUUUCGAGGACACCAACCUGUGUGCCAUCCACGCCAAGCGCGUCACCAUCAUGCCCAAAGACAUCCAGCUGGCGCGCCGCAUCCGCGGAGAGCGCGCUUAGGCCCUCCUCCAGAUUCCUCCGUCCUUCCUGUCUCUCUUAUCUGUCUCUGUCUCUCUCUCGACUCGUCUCCUCCCUCCUUUCUUGGUAGAGUUUAGAAUAUCAGCGACGGGGAGGAAAACGUGUUUCAGUCUAUUAGUGCUGUCUCACUGACGCGUAGGGUACCUGUAUGUGCAUGUAUCAGAUGCUGCUGAUCACACACACACACACACACACACACAUGGAGAGUCAGAUCGUAAACGAGGUCUACCCUUGCUGAGGUUGGGGUCUUUUGCAGACAUGUAAACACACACACACACACACACACACACAGGUAUGGUGUACAGAAGGUGGUAUUGGGGUUAGUCUGCUUAAGGGGAGCAGCAACUUCCACAGCAGGGUGCUAAUAAAACUGCCUCAGCCACCUUCAUUAACCCCACACACACACACACACACUCACACACCUUUCAUUUCAGCUCACACCCUGAUUAUCAUAAAACUAAAUAAAAUAACGCAGCGAUUCAUUUCAGUUUAUUUGUACUAUUAAAAAUGCACAAAAGAGUUAAGAUUUUACUGAAACGUAACUAAUGACUUAAACAUCUAUAUUAAUUAGAACAAAAUUCAUAAUUGUGUGUGUGUGCGCGUGUGUGUGUUGUGAUCAGCGAAGCAGAAAUUGUAUUUAACUGCAAACCAGCAUCUCUUGGUUAAAAGUCUUUUCUUAUAAUAUUGAUGAUUACUAUUAUUGUUGAUGGUGUCUUUUUUUCUAUGAUGCAUUACUUGUUUUACCACUGUUAUGAGGAAAAGUCAAAUCUACAAAAAAAAAAAUCGAAUAAACAAAUUGUUUUGUGUUUAUUAUUUUCUUAAUAUUAAUUAUUAUUAUUAUUAUUAUUAUUUGGGUCAUAGUGCUUGCCGAUCGAUCCUGCUCCUCCUGUUCUAACUCCAGGCAGCCACAGGGGGGCGCUCUAAACCAGCCUCUCAUUCUCUUUGUUCUUUACUCAUCCCUCUCUCUUCCCUCCUCAGUUUAUAAUAAUCUCUUACACUUUCUUCCACAGAUCGGCCUCAAAUGUGUAGCAAAAAAAAAAGAAAGAUAAAAGUCACGUUUAGUUUUGAGUGUUCGGCUCGUCUUGUGUAGAUUAAAUGAUAUAAUCUCAUGUUUCUGUUUGUUUUUCUUAUCCAGAAAUUGAAAUAAGCUGAUCUUUGUAUUUUCCAAAUUUCUCAUACUAUGGUGGUAUUAAAUAGAUGUUACACAA